AUGCCCCGCCAGCUGUCGCCGCGAUGGCUGCUGCCGCGCUGGCAGCCGCUGCUGAUCUAUCGGGCCGUGCUGCCUGCGCUGCAAGGAACCGCGCACGUCGCAGCGGACUGCGACUGGGCGCGCUCCUGGCGGCGCGCGUCCGGGGCGAUGGACGGCGAGGCACGGGCGGAGGGGGGCGACGGGGACGCGCGGUCACGAGGACGGGUAGACGAGGUGGAGGGCCGUGGAAAGCGGCAGGAUUCAGUCCGGGGACGGGGAGUCGUCGCGAGUGGAAGAGGGGCGGCGGUAGACGCGGGUAGAGGGCAAGGGGGGUGCGAGGAGCGCAGUUCCAUGGGCCACGGCCCGCAGCACUUCCCCCCGUGCUCCUCUGCGCAUGGCGUGCAGCCGUGCGCGCUCCGCUCCCCGCGAUACACGCGCGUCGCGCUACCACACGUGCUGCGGGAGGGCGGGCUGCAGCACGUGCUGCAACGCGUGGGGCUGUGGCCUGCGCCCUCCCCGCACCAUCGCCUUCCGCCAGGCUUCCCCCCACCCCUCGACCGUGACGAUGCGCGCAUGUACCCGGGUGUGGGUGUGGCGGUGUCGGGCGGAGUCGACAGCAUGGCACUCGCGCUCACUGCCGCGCGCAUGCAGCGCGCACAGCAGGGGGAGGGGGGAGGGGGGGUGCGCGUGGUGGCGAUGGUGGUGGACCACGCUCUCAGGCCGGGCAGUGCACAUGAAGCCAUGCGCACCCUCGCAUGCCUUGAGCACCUAGGGCUGCAGGCAGUGCUGCUCACGUGCCGCUGGCCACAUGGCCCGCCCCCUGCCUCGCGCCUGCAGCCGGACGCCAGAGCGCAGAGGUAUGCGCUGCUGCACAGCGAGUGUGUGGAGCGGCGGCUGGGCGUGCUGAUGACGGCACACCAUGGCAACGACCAGACAGAGCUGCUGCUGCUGCGCCUCACCCGCUGCAGCAGCAUGGACGGCCUCGCAUGCAUGCCCCUGCUCUCCCCGCUCCCCCCCUCCCCCCCUCCUCUGCUGCCCUUCUUCGCACCUUUGCAUGUGCAAGGCAACGCCAGCAUGCGCCUCGGCACAGCUGGCAGCACUCGUAGCAACGGCAGGAGCUCUGCCACUCGUUUUAAGUGUUCCCAUGCCAGCACCAGCGAGGGAGGCAGCGGGGACAGCAGUGAGGGCGUGGUUGUGGUGCGGCCGUUGCUGGGAGUGUGGAAGCAGCAGCUGGUGCAGUUUUGUGAGGCCCACUUGCAGCCGUGGAUAGAGGACCCCUCCAACGCCUCCUCGCUCUUCCUGCGCAACCGCAUUCGCCACGCCCUCGCCGCCCUGCCUCAGCACAACGGCAGCGCACUGCACGCAGCAGCGCACAGCACGAGUGCAGUGGCGGCUGCCCUGCGCUCUCACCGCCUCACAGCAGCACGCCGCCUCGCUGCUGCUGCCCUGCUCCCCACCUCCGGCGGUGCAGUGCACAUCAGCCUUGUGGAGCUGCUGGCCCCCCAUUGGUCGGACGACACGCGCAUGCAUGUGCUCGCGCUGCUGCUGCAGCACGUGGCGCAGCGGCCCUACCCUCCACGCUCUCGUGGUGUGCGUGCACUGCUCCACCGCAUGCGCCUCUACCUCACCCAGGCAGCAUCGCGGGGAGCAUACAGCAUGGCGGGCUGCACUCUCACUGCACUCCCAGGUUCCCCAGGCACCAUAGCUUGCAUUGCUGCGCACGCAGGGACGCCUGCUCGCUGA